AUGAAAUGGAUUAAAGAUCAUAUUGAAAAUUUCGGUGGUGAUCCAUAUCGUAUCACUCUGUUCGGUGAAUCAGCUGGAGCUGUCAGUGUGAGUACACAUGUUGUCAGUCCAUGGUCUCAUUCAUAUUAUAACAAUGCCAUUAUGCAAUCUGGUUCAAUUUUUAGCAAUUGGGGUCUUGCAACUAGUGAAAUAUCAUUAAAUCAAACACAAAGGCUUGCAAAAAUUCUUGGCUGUGGACAACGAUCAUCCACAGAUCAAAUUAAAUGUUUACGUUCCAAGUCAAUUACGGAAAUUUUAGACGCUCAUGAUACAAUGUAUGAUCCAGCAAGUUAUUUCUCUGUACCAUUUCCACCUGUAUUAGAUAAUAAUUUUUUUCCAUAUGAAAAUAGUCAAUCAUUUCGUCAGUUGAAACAUCUUAAACCAUCUGGUGCUUUAAUGUUUGGUAUUAACAAGAAUGAAGGCAGUUACUUUUUGCUGUAUGCAUUUGUAUCCAAUGCAAAAUGGAUGAAAAAUAUGACUGAUUUACCAAUCACUAAUCGAUUAGAUUAUUUACGAUGUUUACGACAAGUUCUCGAUCUGGAUGAUGAUGAUCGACCGGAAUUCACGGAACCAUUGAUACGUUAUACAGAUUUUGAAUAUCAAACUUAUCAACAAUUACCUACAUUAGAAAGUUGGACUGAAAGAUUAGAAGAAAUAAGUAGUGAUAGAAGUUUUAAAUGUCCAACAAUCAAUAUGGCCACUGCUGUGACUAAUGAUUAUCGUAUACCAGGUCGACGUCGUGCACAUACACUUCCUGUAUAUUUUUAUGAAUUUCAACAUAGAACUCAUUCAUUACCAAUGCCUAAAUGGACUGGUACAAUGCACGGCUAUGAAAUUGAAUAUGUUUUCGGUAUUCCAUUCAGUCCACAAUUUCAAGCAAGUUUUUAUCGAUUCACUGAUGAAGAACGUCAACUUAGUGAUAUUAUGAUGACAUAUUGGGCCAAUUUUGCUCGGACAGGAUAA